CUUAAACGUAUUGAAAGGAACUGCGGAAUUGAAAAAUUGAAUCCUUCAAGGAUUUAUAUUGCAAGCCUCAACCGAUUUUUGCGAUCUGUAGGUACUUUGUACGGGAAACCCUAGCAGUAAGCUUACACAUGGUUUUUAAAUUCUUGUGUUACUGUAAGAUGGUACAAAAGGAUUAAUCAUCUAUUUUAAUAUUAUACAAUUUGUUCAGAUUGAUUGUUUCUCUAUUUUCUGAAGGCCCCACCCACUUUCCAUCGGAUAGAUCACUAUCCAUUGCACAAGGGAACAAAUUGCGCUAUCCAAUCGAUAGCUGGAGAAUUAUCCAGUGAAUAGCAUCCACCGUUUGACAAAAGAGGCCUGAACUUUGUUUAUAGCAGGAAUUUUUCUGUUACACAUGAGCAGAGACUAGAGUAGCAGACAUGUCUCUGACGUAUCAGGGGAAGAGAAUUUUAGCCCCCAUGGUCCGAGUGGGGACCCUGCCCAUGAGACUACUUGCUCUGAAGUAUGGAGCUGAUAUUGUGUAUUCUGAGGUGAGACAGUGAUUUAAAAAUUACACAAAUUAUAUAAUUGUAUCUUAAAGAGGUCUUAUUUGAAGGUUCAUCCUUUAACCCAUUGACGGCUGUGCCGGCCAAAACCGGCUGUAAAAGACUCCAUUGCUUUGAAACAUUGCAACUUCCUCAAUCGCGCGAACAUUGCCUUAACUGUCAGUUUUGAGCAUUGAGUAGAAAGUCCUUCAAAUUGGGAUAUUCAAUAAACGCCAAAAAGUCAGUGCUUUUUGCAAAAUAUCACCUUUUGAAUUUGGAUAAGAACAAAAAUGACCCUUUUUAACAACAUAGAAAAACGACAAAAAUAACAUUUUUUGUCUUCAGGUUUUUUACAGAAAUCAUCAUUGCAAAACCAAAAGAUCAAUAUUCACAGUAAAAUUCAUUCCUUGUUCUGGCUUAGAAGUGGCUUUUGUUGUUCUUAUUCAUUUCCUGGGUCAAGCUACAGCCUUUUUUUCUAGUGCAUCCUGGCCUUGCCUCCAUUUCAACAUCACAACUGCAUUGUAUGCCAGAAUUUUUGACAGUGUUUGUUCCUUCCUCCACUUUUUUUCAUAUUUAUACUAAGUCCACAGCCACUCAGACCUACCACAGAAAUUUCAUGCUUGUUGUCAUUUUCAGUGGAUGCAAUUCCAAAAUUUUUGAUUCAUCAGUGUUUUACUUUGUUUCCUCCACCUUUUUUUCAAUUUAUGAGCAACAAGCCAAAUUCCCAAACAAGUUACAUCACCUUAAGUCCACAGCCUCAUCAGGCAGCCACCAAAGAUCAGACCUACCCAAACUCCAGAAAUAGCUCAACGCUUGUUGAUGUUUCAUUUUCCAGUGGGAUCAGAACAGCAGUACUUUCCAUGGUAACCCCAGAUACAGAGUCACAAAAUCCUAUGGACUGUUUAAUUUGUAUGUAGAAAAUCACUCGAAAACGUAAAAGUCCCGGGUAUCAAUGGCUUAAUCUCACAACAGAAACACUUGUAGCUAGUAGUAACUUUUGACGUACAUUCAUGUUAAAGCCAGGUCAAAAUACCACAAAAGACUGUAGCCUCUUCCUUUCCAUUACACCCUACCUCUUCUUUGAAAACUGGGUCAUUUGUUAUUCCCAGGUGAUAUAGCAUUUAAAUAAAUGCGGAUCGAUCAGCAUAAAUGUUCAAGGAGUGUAUCAACAGAAUAUUUUUUUGCAGGACAGAGUAAUGACAGAUUUAUUCUUGUUUUUUUUUUAGGAGAUAAUAGACUUUAAAAUCCUCAAGACAACACGGUUUGACAAUAGUAAGUGAUUGUUGGUGCAUUUAAAUCUCCACCAGUUUUUUUUGGCCAAUUCAUGCAGUUGCUUGUUGGCCUCUUUGAAUAUCAUUUACUCAAACUGUCAUUGGCAUUUAUUACUAGAAAUUCUUGGCACAGUUGAUUUUGUUCUACCUGAUGGAACAGUUGUAUUCAGGACAUGUGAAACAGAGAAGCAGAAAGUUGUGUUUCAGAUGGUGAGAACACUGUACAAGAUCAUGAACGAACAAAUAGAGUGCUAUACUUUUACAGUAUUGUUUAAAAAGCGAGCAGGAGUGUAUUAUCAGGUUUAAAAACUCAAGGCGAAGCUGAGAGUUUUUACACUUGAUAAUACUGACUCCUGCUCAUUUUUUGAAUGGCUUCAAAAUCUCUGAUACAGAUCAACUCAUUCUUGCACUAAUAUUUAGAUUUGGGGUUAUUUUGGUCCAAAAAAUUGGAUGUAAUGGUUUAACCAUGUCUUUAUCAGAUGUAAAGACCACUCAUUAAAAAUCUAUUUUUCUUUCGUUUUUUCUUCAUGAAUUAUUAAUGUAUUUUUGAAAUGUAUUUCUCUAUAUGCACAGUAGAGCACAUUUCAUAAUCUACGUUUUGCUGUAAUGCAAACAUUUAAUGACACUGUGUCAGUUUGUCACUGAAAAAAUUAUGGUACUGUGUCGAUGGGGGAGUGAAACUUAAAUUACCAUUACAAAAAGAAGAAAAAAAGAUGAGAAGAAGAAGAAGAAGAAGCUUAUGUGUUUAGAACAGCAGCUGUCCAUUGUUAGAAUUGACUUGCUCUUUUUAUGGUUGUGUAAAUUAAUUGACUUAAUAAUAAAUUGUUUAAAAACUGAUCUUAUUUUAGGGCACAGCAGAUCCAGAGAGGGCACUGAAAGCUGCAAGAAUGCUGUAAGUUAUUGAUCUGUAUAAUAGCACAGCACUUUAUUGAAUGGUCCCAAAGGUGUCCAUAUCUUAGAGGGAGCAACAGUUGACUGUACUUAUAAAUACUAUUUUUAAUGAACAGCGAAAAUGAUGUUGCUGGAAUUGAUGUAAACAUGGGCUGCCCCAAAGAUUAUUCUGUCAAGGUAAUCAAUUUGCAAUAUUGAUAUAAUUUAUUGAUUAUACAUUUUUUAUGGAAGAAUCCCUUUAUGCAAUUAUUUCCAUAGGUUUGCAAAUGACGACCUUAUUAUGAGAUUAAAGGCCAAAUUAAUGUUAUUUGCUUCCCAACCUUGUCCCCAGGCAUGGUUCUCCUCCUCUCGUCUCUAAAGAGCGAGAGAGAGACAGAGGCUAGUAGGAUUGGAGUGAAUCCUGGAAAUGAGGUUGUUUGUUUCCAUCAUUUACAGUCAAGCAUACCCCCUCCCCCGAACCCCAAGAUUCCAUAAAUAAAUUUAUGUUUGAAAAGGGAAUCCGUUAGUCAUUGCCGCAACCAGUGUCAAAUUGAAAUCUGCAUUGCUGCUUGCAUAUAAUGAUCAGUGAUUUCGGUCGGAUUGAAAAAUCUUCAAAUAGACAAAAUUGCUUUGAAAUUCAAGAAAAUAUCCUUACAUGUGAAUUCACUACUCGUUCCACCGUUACACAUGUAGGCAUGCAGAGAUGAAUCUGAAUUUUGGUUAACAAAUUCUUUGUGGAAUCGGGGGGUGGGGGGUUGGGGGGUGGUGGGUACACUUGGCCUGGCUUGACUGCAAAUGGCACUGGAGCUUUAAACAUGAUUAGGUGACCUCUGUAUUGUAUUGUAGUUUUAUUCUUGUGUUGAUUACAGGGUGGAAUGGGUGCUGCCUUAUUGACUCAACCUGACAACGCUUAUAAGGUACUGAAAAACUCAUGAAUAGAUCAAUUCGGCUAACUCAAUGUUGUACCCAGUUCAAACCCUUUGGGAAUAAAACGCUUUGUUUCAGGAUUUUCCAAAUCAUUUAAAUUUGAAUGCCACAUUGUAAUGCAAAUACAGUAAAAAGAAUCUUUUGAAAUUAAUAUAGGUAUUUAAAUUAAUAUAGGUAUUCUUGAUGCUUGUGAUCAUGUGCUUCUAGUAAGUGCAUUAAAGAAUUAAACUAGGGGACAAAACCAAAGUGUAUCUUGUUUGCUAAUUUUAUGGUCUUAUUUCUAUGCAUAAUCCUCUGAAAACUAGUUUCAAGAUUUUGGAUUUGAUUGAUUCAACAGGAAACCAUGGCUAGUUCAUACAUGAAAGCACUGGGCCAUGAGGCUUGGAUUUGUCAACCUGUGGUAUUCUAAUCCACUAAACCUUUUUUGUUUUUGUUUAGAUUCUUGUUGCCCUUGUCCAGGGUAUAAACAAGCCAGUUACUUGCAAAAUACGAAUUCUGCCAACCGUAAGUUUCCAUCUGAAAAGUUUCCUUUUUUAUUUACUUAGGUUCGCCAAUGCUUGGCAAGGUUACCGCAACAGUGCAUGGCGCCCAUUAACGCAGGCCCCGUAACAAAACAGCCCCUCCCUCCAUGAGAGUUGGACCACCGCACCGGGACUAUACCCCCUAUUCUAUACGAACAGUACGCGAGUACUUUAAUGACCCACAGAAUUUAUAUAUGCAAGGGUUGUUAAAUGGGGCCUACGGUUUAUAGUCCUUAUCCGAAAAGACUAGAAAGUCUAACUGUUUGCAGAUAUCUUUACAAAGGCAGCACUUUCUCUUCAGUUAUUUUAAGACCCUCAGUGUUAGUCCAGCCUUGGUUUAAACAAGCGGCCUCCAGCUCGGCAGACGGGUGCUUAUCUAAUUGAGUUAACUGGGCGACGGUUCAUGAGAAUAAGGGGCGCACAAUAUACAUGCAGUUUGGGCCCUUAAAGUAAUGACUUCUUCCAAGUUGUUUAUCUUAAGUUUUAUUUUCCUUUUAUAAUAUGUAUCUUUUUGAAGGUUGAAGAGACCAUCACUUUUGCUAAACUUUUGGAAAGUACAGGCAUUGUUGCCUUAGGAGUACAUGGAAGGUAAAGCUACAUUGAUGUUAUUGCAGUUUUUACUCUUGUUAGGUCACCUGCCAGUCAGCUCUACCUUCCUCUCCAAUCAGACCGGAUGUUCAUUAUAGGUACUGGUUAAACCGCAAACAGCAGUGUUUUAUCAAGUUUCAAAAAAUUCGAGCCUUGUCCGUAUUUCAUACAUACAUACAUAGCCCUUUAUUAUUUGGUCUGGUCAUUCUAGUGCAAUCGGCACUAAUUAGGGACACGAAUUAAAGUAAACUAAAAUACAAAGCUAAACUAGAAUGCAAGAUUAUUUAGAACACAUCAAGGCCAUCAUUUUUACUUGUUACACCCAUAACGCGCAGAUUUUUUUAUUCCCGCCUUACUUACGUUGUGGCCCUGUGGUAGCCCUGUGAUACUUUGCAGUGUUACACAUCAUGUUACAAGCCCAUGUAAGGCUAUGGUUAAUGUACGUGACGUAGACGAUCCCAGGAAAGACCCUUGUGGCACCUCUUAGUUUUUAAGUUUGUUUUGUCGUCAUUUUGUUUCUAACAGAGAAAAGCACGAACGAUCUCGGGAGCCUGUUCACAUCGAUGUGAUACGCAAAGUAGCCGAAGCAGUCUCGAUACCAGUUAUUGCAAAUGGCGUCUCUUCACUGGUCAAAACGUUCGAAGACAUUGAAAAAUACCGACUGGAGACCGGAUGUUCUUCUGUUAUGUUGGCCAGAGCGGCUCAAUGGAAUCCGUCCAUUUUCAGGUGAGAUGCCGUUUCACUUUGGAGCUUUUUGUUCUUGAAUAAUCCGUGACUUUUUGUAUGUUAGUGAAAAUCAUCCAAGAGCGUUGUAAUGCACAGCGUUGAACAAUUGUGUUGGCGCGGGCUUGUAGAUUUAAAUAUCCUGUAUGUAUUUUUUGUGGGUGAUAUUUACUUAAACCCCUUUAAUGUACGGUGUAGGGAGUACACGUUGAGGUAUAAAAACGAUAAUUUAUUUAAUAGAUACUGGUUAACCAACUUUACUUGGUUUGUUUCGGCAGAAAAGAGGGUCGCUUACCUGCGUCAGAAGUCAUAGCAGAAUAUAUCAAGCUGGUAAGAGAGUAUUGAGAAAUGGCCUCUGGGUCUUCAGACCGUCAUGUAUUUUAUCUCAUCAUGUUCUUCGUAAUCCUUGUCCGUUGUACGUUAUAUAACAACAGGCAAUGGUUUUUUUACCAUUUACAAAAAGUUCCCAAAAAAAUCGGGUUGGGGAGUAAAUAAAAACGGCUUUUCGGGUCGUUUCAGUGAAAAAUUUCCAGGAGCUACGGAAGUUCCUGAAAAGGUAGUCCUGUUUUCCCGGUCGGAUUGAUUCAAACGGAAUCGUGUUCGAUUUCUUCAAAGCCAUCUUUGAUACCAGUUUCAGACUUUCGUAGUCUUUUUUCGUUAAAUGGAACCCCAUUUGCGCCAGUAGAUAAACGCUAUUCCUAGGCGAAAUUUAUCAGUCCUGAAUUUUUCUUACCAUUUGCCCAAACCGUUAAUUGACCGGUUUGACCAUGUAAAUGAUAAUUAGAAACAACCAAUACUGUCCGUAUUUUCUUAAGUUUUUUUUUUUUUCUCACUGUCCUCUAGUCCGGGUUAUCUCUCAAAAAACGACGUUACUUUAAGUCCUCAUCUACAUGUAUGUGUGCAACUCUCAAGCUUUUUUCCUAUAACAACAACAUCAGGUCGGCUAAAGGUUUAGCCAGUCAUUAUUGCAUGUAAAACUUACUUCUAACUUACAGUUCGAUUUUUGUUUUUUGUUUUUUGAGUUAAAACUAGUUCUCACACCUUUUUGUUUUUCCCUUUAUUCACAGGCGGUAGACUUUGACAAUACCGUUGGGAAUACGAAAUAUUGUCUUCAAAGAUUGUUGCACGAAGAUACAACAUCCAAAGAAGCUAAGGACUUGCAACACACCACAAAUAUGAGGGAAAUCUGGUUAGUACUGAAUGCGCAUGCGUCGGUGCUCACGAUCGAGGUAUUGACUAGACUUUGACUUUAUGCUUACCACAUGCUAGACUUUCUAGUGUGGAUUGAUUUGUAACGUACGCGUAUAGCUGUCGCAUUUGCCCGAUGGAAUUUUUUUAUUAUUUUUAAGCCGCUGCAGAAAAAUCUCCCGCUCGCGCUUCCCGCUUGAGAAAAAUUUUGAGCUGUACUUGAGGGCAAGUCCAAACACAUGCACAUGUACUGCAAUUGUAAAGGAAAAAUGUGUUCUACCAACAGCGAAAUAUGGAAUCUUGUCUCUUAUUAUGAAGAUGCUAUUCAAAGGAGAAAGUCAUUAGAUGAAUCCUUUGAAGACGAGGUAAGAACAAUUUUCUAAACUACUCUCUAAAACGCGCACCGUCACGACCUGCUCUAACUGUUCUUCUAAGCGGGUGUAUAGAGAGUUCAUUUAGAGUAUAGUGAUUGAAGAGUCAGAAGGUAAGAGAGCAACUUUAUGUGUCCGUUUAGAGGGAGUGGGUAAGCGUUGACUGGAGGUCGAUUUAUGGGGUACUUAUUAAACGUUGUGCGGGCACGAAAACAAUAUCGAAUAGGUCUUAAAUUGUUCACACGUAAGAACGGUGAUAUCGGAGCGGGUCUGUAACGAAGCGAAGCUGCGCCGCGCCUAUCUUGAAAGUCAGGCUCCCGGUGAAGGUGGAUUAUCAAAAUAUCGGAUAGGUUUCUGUGCCACUCUGCGGCAUGCUGCACUGGUGUUUAUGUACCUGGCCGUAGUAUUUUUCACGUGAACAUGAUCAGCUAUUAGACGGUAUACUAAUAUAGACAUAACCUUAAAGCCUGUUUACAUGGAAGAAGGGGACCCCAGAUAGAUGAGGUAUAAACGUGAUCAAAUUAAAAUGAGAGAUUAUAUAGACAGGCGUGUAACCCCACCUUAGCGGGUUACCUCACCUACCUGGGGUCCCCCACCUCCGUGUAAACAGGCCCUUAGUAGUGCCAGCCUCCUAAUAUGCUUGGUUGAUUAUAUUUGUCGGAAAUUGUAUCAGUUAGUACUUCAAUAGUUUAGAUUGACAGAUCGGAAAAGAGACUUAAAAUAGGUAAACGGCAAUUAGUAUGAUACGUUUGAUAAGAGCUUUUGUAAUUGAAAACCAGGUAGGGACAUCUUUCGUACACAGCUCGUGACUAAUACUUUUACUCAAUAAUCUGGAGAGAGAGUGAGUUGUGAUAGUGGAACUGAACAACUCCUUGUUUGUGAUUAUACUUCUUCUACAUUUAAGAGAAUUUUCGUGGAUUUCAUGGAAGUCCGGAGGCGAGUCUGAUUUGCGGCAUAUUAAUUGUCUGGUACGGUCCAUUUUUCCACAGAAUGAAACGAAAAAAAGAAAGUUGCCUGAGAAUACCAGCGACAUAACUGAGAUGAAAGUCAAGUAUCUCAGGUAAUCUAAUCUUUUUUAUUUCAUCCAUUCCGAACCAUGCAUAGGCGAAGACGCCUUUCUUGCUUUGACCCAGGGGAAAGAAAGCUCUUAGUUUUUUUCUAGCUUCAACCCGCUUAACACAAACACCUUGUUUAUACGGCACUUUCUAUUGCUCACUCCGUGUUCAUAUUAACGGAGUUUGACUGUAAUAAAGAUCACUUGUAAUGAAGACGGCAUGUACUUCAAUGAUCCUGACCAUCUGUGUCUGUUUGUUUGCCUUUAGAAAAAACUAUCCCCACAGUGUCACCCCCAAGGUUCUUCUUCUUGAAUGGACGCGGUACGGUAAAGUAUUUUGCUGCUGUGAAAUGACAUAAAAGCCUGGCAAUUGAAAAGAUAAGGGUAACGUUUUGGCGUAAUUUCACCAACAAUUGUUUUGUUGGUUAAGCCGGGUAUAAAGUUAACCGGCCAAAGAGAGGGGGGUCGGCUGACGCAUGAACAAUAAUCAGGGUAAGAGAAUGAAACUCCACCAUUGAUACACGUGGACAUUUCAAAGUGACAGAGAAACAAUCUUAAGUCGCCGAUAGGUUACGGACCUUUGACCUCCCCAAAACCGGGCGGAAUUUUUUUUCUCUACAACGCUCGUGACAUGCUGAUUGUCAUCUAUCUCACAUUCCUGUACCGAGCCAGGCCUGGUAUCGAGCUUUAAUUUCGCCACCUUUCAGCUUAUGGUCCCCAUUACUCUAGGCUUUGUUCUUGAAAAUUUGUGUGUGACAAAUUGCUUGGGACGUUGUCAAGUGUACUGCCUCUCCCGCAACGUAAGCGAAUUGUGGUAACGAUCGCCGCAAUCUUAGCCUCUGCGAGGCUUUCAGAUAGUAGAAAGUCGCAAAAAUAAAACAUGCCAAGCAAAAAUAAGACGCGCGCGAUCUCAUUGACUCCACGACUGCACUACUAUCUUGGACCCUGGAACAGGCUACCGCAGUCUCUGUGAGACGUUCAUGGAAACUGAAUUGUGCGUAGCAACAAAAUUACAUGACAAGUUCCCCUUCCCCUCCCCCUCCUAAAAAAACUAGUUGGUGCAUCAGGGUUUGAUUUAAACCUCUUUUUCUUUCUCUAGGAGAAACAAUCUCAAGCAGCCUACCUACGAAAUAGUAAGUGAAAACGAAAGACGCAUUAAAUCGAGUAAAAGACGCUGUACCUGUCGCUGGUUUUGGACAACCACCUUAUCACUGCAGAGGUUACACAACAAUCAAUGUUUCUGUUGGUACUUGAGUAGCGCAUGAGUACGAGGCUACGUUUUAGGCAGCUGUAUUAUAGUAUUUUUCAAUAAAAAACAGAAGAGCUUUUCGAUACAUGUUUUGCUUUUGUAAAAUCGUGGUUAAACAACACUUGAUAAAGACCAACCAUUUUUGCUCACGAAAUGUCGUGUAACAUUGUGCCUGAAUGAAUUCAAGGGUGGGCUAUCUUACAGUGGUAUAUUCUUCUUGGUAAGAAGAUGGACUUAUUAAAUGAAGCAUUUUGUUGUUGUUGUCGUUUUUGCAGACCGAACGAAAAGAAGACAGAUGGUACAAAAGUAUUGUAGUCGUGGACAACAAGAAAUAUUCUUCAACUGAAUGGUAAGAAAAUACUUCAUUUUGGCUCACAGACUUACAAAUACGAAAAUCGUCUUCCUUCUUCCAGCCGUCCGAUGUCUUUACAACCGCAUUUUACACGUAAGAGCUGUAAAGUGCUUCUUAGAGUUCCUCAAGUGUUCAGCAUCUUAGCAUAUACAUGUAGUUUGGGCGGUCUGUGUAAUCAGGUGCGAAACUGUGAUACAGUACACUUAUUCCUGCUUUGGAUGAGGGUCGGUCUUACUUUUUGUUUUUAUCCAGAUAACUUGAGAGGUAGGGCUUCCUCGUAUUAGGCAGAGGGGCGAGGGGGGAGGCUUAAAUGGCAAAAGAACGCUUAAUAGAGACUGUGUCAAUGUGCUUUCAGGCUUUGCAGUAAAAAGUCCGCUCAUCAAGCCGCCGCCAUUGUAUGUCUACAAUCACUGGGGAUUCCAGACGGACGAACAGGAACAGAUGUCACGUGACCAGCGUACGUUUUCGCCAGCGGACCCUCCUGACGUUGGGAAGAAAUUUUUCUCAGCACUAACGAUCUUUCUACCGAAAAAUGUCCUAUAUCAUUACAGAAAUCUUGUGAUGACAUUGCUGGAAAAGUGACGAUUACAUUUGCAAGAGAUACUCUAUGACAAUCAAUCGUUAAAAGCGUAUUUUCCUAUUUCAGGAACGGCAUGCGAAAUCUGCUGGAUCUAAUGGCCAUCAGCUUCAUUACCAUAACGUUUUGCAACACUGUGCAGCAAAAAAUAUACUAUUCACACAUUCUUCCGGGGAAUGAUGGCCUCGACCAUAGCCUUGCUUGUGAAAAUGGGAAAUACGUUGGAGGAAGGUGUAACAUAUUAACAAUUUCACAACUGUGAUAACUAUUUAUACGCGAAAAAAAGAAACGAAAUCAAAUCGAAACUGUAUGGGCUAUCGAGGACAAGGUUGUUGGCAAGUAUUGGUUUUUUCAAAAAGUUCUUGUCUUUCUUUAUAACGUCUUAAAAGCCUCAGGUCAAUAACUAACAGUAAUCAGCAUCCAACUUCUCUUUACAAUCAUUUUUACUUUUU